AGCUCGGCUCCGCCAUAGUAGUUAGUGAGGCGAGCAGCGUGAUUUAUCUCCAUGGCUGCUCUUUUAGCUAUAAAAUGCGGCGGUAUCUUCGAGUCCUGUUCGUCUGCACGCUGUUAGUCUUCUGCUCGCUGCUCUAUGUGUUUAAUCAGCUCGUGUCUUCGCUGGAGAGCGCGGAUCAUCAGGAGCGAGCGCCGCGGACACGCGCAGCGGAUCCAGGCCUGAGUGAACGCGCGCAGGAUGACAGGUGUAAUUCAGGCUCUGUCACUCAUUGGGAAGCGUAUUGGAGAAUCAGCGCCGCUGUGUGCCCGAACCACUGCGUUACGGACUCGGCUCUUAGGUCGGCUCCUCGUGACCCGGUCGAGCUGGCGGUGGUGGCCUGCGGCUCCAGGCUGGAGGAGACGCUCACCAUGCUGAAAUCUGCCGUCCUCUUCAGCCACAGACAUUUACACUUUCACAUUUUCGCAGAAGAUGACCUCCAUGCCGGCUUCAGACAGGCGCUGGAGUCGUGGCCGCAGAGAUUUCGCUCCAGGUUGGACUACAGUAUUUAUCCCAUAAACUUCCCCAGCGAUAACGCCAGAGAGUGGAAGAGACUCUUCAAACCCUGCGCUUCACAGAGACUCUUCCUCCCCCUGAUUCUGAAGCAGGUGGACUCUGUGCUGUACGUGGACACGGAUGUGCUGUUCCUGCGGCCGGCGGAGGACGUCUGGAGCUUUCUGUCCCGGUUUAACGGCAGUCAGCUGGCAGCGAUGGCCCCGGAGCACGAGGAGCCGCGGAUCGGCUGGUACAACCGCUUCGCUCGACACCCGUACUACGGCAAGACCGGCGUCAACUCCGGAGUCAUGCUCAUGAACAUGACACGCAUCAGAGACAAACACUUCAAGAACGACCUGGCAGCAGUGGAUCUGAAGUGGGCCGAUCUCCUGAUGCCUCUGUUACACAAAUACAAGCUGAACAUCACAUGGGGAGAUCAAGACCUGCUUAACAUCAUCUUCCACCAUAACCCAGAGAGUCUGCUGCUGAUCGAGUGUCACUGGAAUUAUCGUCCUGAUCACUGUAUUUACGGCAGCAACUGCAUCAGCGCUGAACAGAACGGUGUUUACGUUCUCCACGGCAACCGCGGCGUUUACCAUGACGACAAGCAGCCCGCCUUCAGAGCCGUUUAUGACGCCAUUCAGCAGUUUCCGUUCGAUGCAGAUCCGGUGCGUGGUUUGCUUGUGCCGCUGGAGGAGAAGCUGAAGAGCGCCGAUCACACAUACUGCGGCCGAUCUCGACUCGUCUUCACCAAACGACUGCGUGAAAGCGUCACAGAGCUUCAGAAAGAUCGCGACAGCUCCAGACGAGCAGAGGUUUGAGUUACGAGCGACCGCUUCAGAUACGAUCCAGACGAUCAGCGGCUGACAAUCAGAUUCAACACACACACGUAAAACACUGAGCCUCCCGUCUGACAGACUCCAGAGCUUCUGCUCUUCAGGGACCUGCGUUUGAUCUCACAAACGUGACGCAGUGAGCGCCCUUCAUCAGGUACCUUCACUACAGAGAGGUUUACAUUAGUCUCACAUCUGAUAACAAUUACAGAAGGAAUCGUUCACCCAGUGUGCUCAUCCUCAGGCCGUCUGAGAUUACGAUGAGUGCGUUUCUUCAUCAGAUCUGGAGAAAUGUGUCUCUGCAUCAGUCUCUCAGUGAAUGGGUGCCGUCAGAAUGAGAGUCCAAACAGCUGAUAAAAACAUCACAAUAAUCCAUCAGUUAACAUCUGGAGCUGAAACAAAUCCAGCAUUAAGACAUGUACAACUCAAAUAUGAAUCCAUAAUUCAUAAUAACGCUGGUCUGGUCUGAAUCAGGAGAGAGAUCUGCACAGAUCAAAACAGCUCUAAACAAAUAUGUGGCUGGAUUUUGAUGUUAGAGGCAACAGCAGAUGCACUUUUUACUGGAGGAAGAGUUAUUAUGGAUUAUGUUUGUUAUGUGUAUUAUUUUAUGAUAUGUGAUGUUUUUAUCAGCUGUUUGGACUCUCAUUCUGACGGCACCCAUUCACUGAGACACUGAUGCAGCGACGCAUUUCUACAAACCUGAUGAAGAAACAAUCUCAUCUCUGAGUUUCUGCUGAUCCAGGAUCAGCUCUUCUCUGUUUCACUACGAUAUUCAUGGGAUAUAAAGUGAUUCCAGACCAGCACUUUUCAUAUUGACUGUUUAAUAACCCUUUCACACCCGAGACGCCCGCGUUCGUCUUUACUUCUAGCUCUCUGUAAUGAUGUUCAGUGUUUUCUCAGAAUACUAAACGAGCUGUUAUAUAUGUGAAAAUCAAUUCAGGUUUAUCAGAUUUACACAAAAAUCAAAGCUUGUAUGCAAAAAGUUGAUGAAUUUGUAUUAUAAUUGCUUUUAAUCUUUAUAUUGUGUCUGAAAAUAUAAAUGUGGGAUUAUAGGAUUAUUUGUGUUGCAAAAAAAAAAAAAUUUUUAAUUACAGUUAUUAGAAUUACAAUUAUUUUUAUUCAGGUUAUUUUUGACAACUUUUGCAAUGAUCCUGUUUGAAACAGUUUCUGUAAUAAUAGUCUUUGGGUGAAAGCAUGCCUAUGUUACAUUUCACCAAUUUUUUUUUUUUUUUAAUAAAUAAAUACAAUUAAUUCAAAUAAAGGUUAAAAAAAGUUUUAAUAUAAAAAAUUUUAAUUGCGAUUAAUCACAUCCAAAAUA